CUUCUUUCUCUUGUCCUCUUUCCCCCCGCCUUGCGCGAAAACCUCGCGACUCGGCUCUUGUGUGUCUCGUCCCUGUCGCCUGCCCGGCACCGCCUGCCUGCUUUGCUCACCACCACCGCGCUGUCUGCGAGACUGCCUUUUUCCUUUUCUCCGAGAAAUCGCGUUUCUCCUCUCCUCUUCACCGCGCGCGUCCAGACGAGAUCUCUGCAUCGUUUUGUUGGAAGCCCCUCUCGAAUCUUCCUUGCGCUUCGUCUCUUCCGUCUCGGUCUCUGCUCCCCACUUCCUCGGCCAUGCGAGUCCCCAUCGCCCCGUCAAGCCUCUCGAAGGCGACAAGGCGAAAGCUGGCGGCGAACGCCGCGGCUGGUCCCGCUGUCUCUGCUGUCCCCGCGCCUGCUUUCUCGCUGCCGCCUUCGGCCUCCGGGCGGCCCUUCGCGUCUGCGCCCCUGCUUUUCUCGCCCUGUGGAAAGCUGCCCGCGGGCUCCGGCUUGCCCUACGAUGCAGCCACGGGUUCCGGGCCUCUCGCUUUGGGGGACAUGCGUUCCUGUGUUUGGUUCCCUUCCGUAUGCAACGCUCUUCUGCAUAGAAACCGCUUCUUCAGCGUUGCCCCGCCGCCCCUGUACAACGGCGCAGCUCCUGGGUUCCGAGAAGACAGUGAGGCCCCCAGGUACCCUCCCCAAGAGGCGGCGUACGACGCCUCUUCCUACGGCGUAGACCCGCGCGCGCCACAGUUCUCGGCGCCCGGGACGCCCUACGACGCUUCGGGGUCCCUCGGGGCGUACGGAUACUCGGGCGCCCCUGGGCAAGCCGUGCUAGGGUACCCGGCGCCGUACGGCCAAGGGUACGGCGGAGCUGUCGCCCCCGGGACUCCGUACGGAUCCGGCGUCCCCAGUGCUGGGCACUACCCCCAGGGGGUUCCCCAGGGAUUCGCCGGGGAGGCAGGGUACUGGCCAGAGGGCCAGACAGGGGCCCCGCAGGGCGAAGGAUACUGGGACGAGACCCAGCGCCACCUGGCUCAGGGGUACCCGGGCCAGAUGCCGGGGUACCCCCAGGCCUCGGGGGCCUACCCACCCUCGAGCCCGUACCCGCCACCUGGCACCCCGGGGGCCGGCAGCCCCCCGGGUCACUACGCGACCCCUGGGUACCCUGCCCCGGACCACGGCCAGUACGCGCCGUACGCACGGGCGGCCGGGGCUCCCGGGGCUCCAGGGUACGGCUUUGGGUCUUCGCCUUCCUUACAGCCUUCGUACUACAGCGCCCCGGGUCUGCAGGCCCCGGGUGGAGCGCCUGGUGGAGCCCCAGCUUCUCAGGGCGACGAGUCCGCGAGGUUCCAGGAGCGAAUGAUGGAGUUGCUCCAGAGGCGUCUGGGUCACAGGGCCUGGCUGUACGAGUCGGCGCUGAAGAAGGGUGGACCUGAGGCUUUGCUGCGGCUGGCGAACGACCCCGAGGUGCUGCUGCAUGCGCGGUCGAUUGACUUUGUGUACGUCCUCACGCGUUUCCAUCACUCGUUUCGGAUGAAUCGUCUGGGGGCCCCCGCCACAUCCGAGGCCGGGUCUGCUGGGGAACAGGCCGAGCCGGCGAGUCUCGAGGAGAAGGAAGGCGCGGUGAUGACGAGGGAGUCAGAGCGGAUUCUCGAGGAGCUCGUCAAAUUCGUUGACAAUGUCCGCGUUGCCUUCAAGCGCCGGGACGCCCGCGCAGAGGUCGGGGUCCAGCCUUUCCGACAGAGUGCCACAGAGAAGCGCGAGGGCGAGAACACCCAGAAAAUUGGCAAGGGGUACCUCCUCGACAGGGCGCGCGUCUUCCACCUUCUCGCGGCCCUGACCCUGCCCGAGUGUGCGGCUGCUCGCGCCGUCUCUCGCGCAAAGUUGCAUCAGAGAGUGGCACUCCCCUUCUGCGCGAUCGCCUCCGAGGAGGCCUCCGUCCUGUACGACUUGGACAUCACCCGAAUUCGCGGCGGUGUCGUCGCCACUAUGGAGCUGCUUCGCCUCGUGGGCUUCACCGGCCGGAUCAGCCACUUCCAACACUUGAUUGUCGAGGACCAGGGGUCCGUGGAGCCCGCGGCAACUCUCGCACCUGGGGAGGAGACGGGAGACGCGGUAGGAGACAGUGAGGGGCAGCGAACGCCUGGCAAUGAGCUGGGGUUCCGACGCGUGACCGUCGAAAAAGAAGACAGCCAGCGGAUCUGGGGAAAACUCGCGCAGGUGUACAUUUCGGCGAUGGACCAGGUCCGCCUGGAGCACCUUCUCCCCGCGUUCACUGGAAUUUCUGUCCUCUUCGAAAAAGACCUAAUCUCACGCUCUGUCUUCCUGCAAACGGUGUCCGAGUUGUGCCAGCGGAUGGUGGUCCCGAAUGCGUUUGGCCAGAAUGAGGCUCGAGGCGGCGCGGCGAUUCAACUUCUCUUGGACCAGUGCACAAACAGCAUGCGUUGCCAGCAGCAACACCAGCGCCUGGGCUUCAGUUCUCUCCGGGCUCUCGCACGCAUCAUGCGCGAGACGCGAUCGGAUGUGGUGAUCCGCUGCCUCUCUGCUCUGUCGUUGCUUCGCUGUCUCCGUGAAGAGAAUCUCGGUUUCUUCAGUUCUGUUCUUCUGAAGCGACACUAUCGCCAAGACGUCGCUGCACGACAGCUGUCUCCGCGGACCCUCUCUGCGUUGAUCUUCACGCAUGCAAUGACCAGCUCACGAGCCGACAUUCACGCCGUCGAGCUGACGAAGGUGUUGACGUCCAUGAUGGGGACCGUCGAGCGCGAACGAGUUCUUAGCACAGAGGACAAAUGCAAACUCGCUUGGGCCAUCUGCGCCCUGCGCCUCUACAGUCGAGAAGAGGCUGGAGGACAGUGGGAUGAGACGGUCGUCACGCGUCUCCUUCGGCGUCUCAUGGAGCAGACAAGAGACACCAGCGGGAAGCUCUGCUGCUUCUUCCUGGAGGCCGCGAGAGAGUGUCGAGACGUCGUAGAUGAAAUGCACCCAGGCCAAGGCUUCAAGGAUUUCUUUCCGGCAGAGCGACUGGAGAAGGUGACUCAGGACUACGACAGGUUCGGCUACUACGUGAUGAAGGCCGACGUCGCCCUGCUUCGGCGAGCUUUGCUGACUGCUGGUGCGACCGUGAAGGUCUCUCCCGAUCGGCAGACCAGCUCGGAAAGGGCAGCGGUCUCUCCCGGAGCUGAAGGGGGAAGCGCCCAGGACGUAGGCGCAGAGACCGAGGCGACGCCGGAGACAGAGCAGGAAGGUGGAAGCGAACCUCUCGAGUCUCAAGGCAUGGCUGGCACCACCUGGGAGGAGGGUACUCUGCUGGACGGAUACCCUGUUGCGUUCUACUGUCCGGAGCGAAAGAUUGCCGCGGAUAUCGACCGUCCUGCACGCUUGCCGCCAAAGUACAUGAAAAUGCGGCACCUGAAAAAAUACUUCGAUGAACACGGCAUUCGCUACAUCAUUUACAGCGAAGAGCUCCGACACCACAACGAAGACACGUUCACUGGGUUCUUGAACAUCAUCCAAAAUCCGGAAGACCCGCGGUCGACGCUGGCGGCAGUCCCGAAGCAAGUGCGCGAAAUGUGGACGAAGCGCUCUGGGGCCUCGCGGGCCGCGAACGAGGAGACAGGAACUUCAGCUUCUGAAGAGUAGAAGAAAGUCUCAAUUUUUGUGAAUCGAACGACCAGGCGGCAUUCGUGACUUUUAUAUGGAGGACGGUAGAAAACGCCUGUGUGCUCGACCUUUUUUGAGCUAGUCACUCUUCCCGCUACAUACACAUUCAUGUUCGUACGCAAAUUCGUACACAUCUAUAUACUUGUGUAUUUAAGUUUGCAGUUGGGUACAUAGGUGCUGUUCUGUCGCAGUGUGAGAGGAACGACAGUGUGUCGUUUUGAUCGUUUCUGGGAGGGUCGUUGGUCUCGUUUUCGAAGCAUUUGCGUUCUUUGUUGUUUUUUUACUCACCGUGGCCUCCAUGCAUGCACCACGGAAUGCUCGUCGCACGGGGAUCCCUUAGUUCCGCUCCGGAUGUUGCGAGCGACGAAGGAAGGUCAAGCAUUGUUUUUUCUUCUCAUAUGUUUGGGAUGCAUGCAGCGGCAGUGUGCUAGACGUCUCGACAGCUCCGUCGCUGAAAUGUUCCUGAACAGAACCGUGGAAAGUGCAUCUCGAGUUCUCUGCUUUCGUCUGUCAGAAUGCGCUCGUGUCUCUGUCUCACUGGACGUAAUCUUGGGCCAUCGACGACUCUGUCAUGCCUACACUUGCGGUGGCUCCACGCUUGCUCGAAUCCUGACCGCUGCGCGUGGACUCUCAAACCUACGUUCUCUCUUGGAAAAGGGUGCCUUUCGCGGUCAAGGAAAUCCAAACACAUUCGGUUUUACUGUUUUGGAGAAAGAGCGGCAUGCCUCUGGCCAUGCCCAAGUUGAAUCUGCCCUGUGCGGCUGAUGUGCAGCUUCGUUUCCACUUUUCCACAGACGCGAUUUCUCACGUUCGAACGCCGCGUCUCUGAACAGAGGAACGAACGCAGAGUUGUUUUUGUGCGAGGAACGCAGCGGCGGUGCGUUUCAGGGAAACGCUUUGGUGCGGUUCCCCCCUCAGCCGCAAGACUGUUCAGAUUGAAAGAAAAGGAAGAAGGGACUCGUGCCUGCAAAACGUUUUCGGUGCUUACGGAUUUCCACGUACGAAAAUUUGAGUCUGUUCCCCACACACAGAGAAAUUCCUUGACUUCCGGUAACGCACCGUGUGUCUAGACACGAGAAAGCGAGCAGAAACGCGAAGAGUUUAUUCCACUGAACUAGUCCACAUGGACUACCUUCUAUGCGUAACACAGGGACUCCUAGACAUCUUGUUGGGAGUCGAAUGCUUCCGAUCUCGAAUUUGCCUGGAUCUGCGUUUCUUAUGCUUCGAGUUGCUUUCACUGGGACAGACAGAGAGGCGGCCCUACCUUCGACGACCUGCGUGAGAAAUUCGCUUCUGUAAAGUCUGCAAAUGGAGAGACCUCGUGAAGCCAUUUUGGGAAAUGUGUGACAGGAGCGCUGAGCAUGUGUUUCGCA